AUGAUGUUAAGGCUAUCGGAGAAUAUGAAGUUUUCCGGGAUUAAGUUUUCUUUCAUGAGGUUCAGAGGUAAACACAUGAAUAUUAAACAAUCCCCAGGAAGUUUUGGCAAAGAGAUAUUGGAUGUUAACGAGGAAUACAUGAAGGCAUUUAGAACACAAUCAUACCUAGAUAUUUGCGAUAAAGUUCAAAACCACAUAACAUUCGAUAAUGGAUCCUCUUCAUCAUCCAUUCACACUCAUUACAUCCAUCUAUGUGACAUCUUUCUCGAACCACAAACUGAAGCCAUAGCCAAACUUGCCAAAACCUUCAAUCUCCAUCAUCUACUCCUUGAUUUCUUUGAAUCUGGAUUACAAGCAUGGAUCAUAUGUGAAGAACUUCUCGAAUCCAUCAAUCAAGUCAACACCAACCAUCAUAAAGUCAAAAGGCUCAUCAAGCUAGCUCAAAGGGUCCCAAGUAGCACAAAAGUAUACGAAGAACUCGCUUCAUAUUCAUCCAUGGUGAACCCUUUAUCCGAUUUCACCCCAGAAAAGUUUCCCAAAAUACACAUCAAUCAUAAACUCUUAUUAAACAAGUUAACAACAAACCACACAAGGAUUACAAGAAAGAGAAAGGUUCUCAUAUGUUUGAAAAAAUGUGGAGGCUUUGCUCUCAUAGCUUCAUAUACGGUUUUAGCCAUCACACUGAUAGUUCUCGCAUGCCAUGGUUUAGUUGUGACAUUAGCAUCCCCGGGUUUAAUCGCGUGUUUCUUAGGCCUAUUCAAGACUAAAAAAGGGCUCAAAACAAGUGAGCUCAAAAGGGUUGGAUCACAAAUGGAUGUUGCAGCAAAAGGUAUUUACACAUUGAUUAAAGAUCUUGAUACAAUGUGUUGGCUUGUUGGAAGAUUACAUGAUGAAGUUGAAUUUGGAAAGGUGAUUGCUCGAAAAUGUGUUGGAAGAAAGUUUGAUUUGUUGGAGGAAGUGAUGAGGGAAUUUAGGGUUCAUGAUAGUUGCUUCUUGGAACAAAAGGAAGAGCUUGAAGAUCAUAUUUACUUAUGUUUGCUUAAUGUUAAUAGAUCAAGGCGACUCUUAGUAGAUAAAAUAAUGCCCACAUCACAGAAUUGA